AUGAGACAUGCGCGUGAAACGUUUCAACUUGGCAAAUAUUUUAAAAUGGAAUCAGAACCAUCAUCUGAUUUCUCGGUAUCAUCAAGCUCGACAACAACCACUGCAAUUUCAACCAAGAGAAGAUCAAAUGUGGAUUCACAAAAAUUAAUCGAAGAAACCAAAUUAAUAGCAAACUUUGCUCUCCAAUCUUACGAGAAUGAUAUUAAAAAUUAUAACGUCAAUAAUGGUCGACCGCCUUCACCUGAUGAAUGGCUCGGAUUAUGGACAGCUAAUUCUGAUCCAAAACCAUUUGAUUAUUCCCUUAAAACGAAUCAUCUCUGUCGCAAAAGCAUAUCCGAUCCAGCAGCGCGUGAAACUGAGGAAAGUCGACAAUGGUGGUUAACAAAUCUCAAAGCGGGAUUACAUCAAAUAGAAAUGUUACCCAAGAAACCAAACCUACCAAAGUAUCUAUGGGAGAAAGUAGCGUUGUCUGAAUAUGUGAAUUUUGAAGAUUUUACAAAAGACGGGAUUGCAAGUCUAUUCGAACAUCAAGAUUUCGAAAUCCAAAUUCAUGAUGUCUCAUGGAGACAAACUAGUCCAAUUCAGAGCUGGAUGGAAUGGAGUAGUGCAUUUAGAAUUUAUCAAAAAGCGGUUACGAUGCUUUACCCUCAUCGACAUGAAGAAUUAUGUGAAUACGAUUCACAUAUCAUACAAAUGACCACCCAAUACCCUUUCGAAGCGGUUUAUAAUUAUGAUAUGGCAAGAAGGCUUCGCGUUGUUGAAGAUAGAACUUUAACGCUCAAGGUACACCAGAACGAUUUGAGUUUGCAUCACCUGAUUUCUCAAGUGAUGCUCAAAACCGAACCUGAACAAGAUGAAUCAGAUCAAACGGAAGAGCAAGAAAUAUGUAUCAAUUGGAAUAAAGGCCGAUGCUCGGGUCCUUAUUGUAAGCGAGCUCAUGAGUGUCUUAACAGUGAAUGUAGCGGCGAUCAUCCAAAAUUAUAUUGUCCGGUCAGACCGUACACGAACAAAAGUAGGAGAAGAAAUUAUAGAUAUUAA